AUGUGUCGGUCUGUUGCACAGCUUCUGCGUGCUCCACAUGUCUCCCCGUAUUCUAAACUGGUGCGUCGCCACCCCUCGUCACUGAAGAUCUCCGAUCGAUCGAGGGCUGUGGCGAACUUCAGAUCCGUCGGCGUUGGUCAUGUUCGUCAUGCGUUCCUUGAUUUUCGCGGCCAUACAUUCGUUGGCCUAGCCGCGUCUCAUCGACAGUACUCUCAAAUUCCUACCUGCACGAUGAAAAGUUAUACCUCGUCAGAUACCAUGGCGGACAUACUCGGGACAGCUGACAUAAAACAAGAGAUUUUGGAUGAGAGUGUUGGAUCGCCUGCUGGUCAGGCUGCAGCCUCCUUAGAUCCUGAAUUCGAUGAAGCCGUUCCUAUCGAUCCCGAAGAGCUUAAAGAGGCACUGGGGCGACCACCUCCAGUUCAUAGCAGCUACCUUCCUCUACCAUGGAAAGGGCGCCUGGGAUAUGCCUGUCUAAACACGUACCUUCGCUAUGCCAAUCCUCCUGUGUUCUGUUCCCGGACUUGUCGCAUUGCUUCGAUUCUCGAAAAUCGACACCCACUCCAGGAUCCAGAUCAGCCUCCACAUCCGACGAAGAACCGACCAGAUCGCAACCAACCGGCCGAUAUAGCGCGCGGACAAGCUUUUGUGGAGGCAUUGGCACUGGCCAAUGCUAGCGACAUGAGUAAAAUACUACGUUGGAAUGACAAAUAUGGCAUCAAGUUCAUGCGGCUUAGCAGUGAGAUGUUUCCCUUUGCAAGCCACAAGGAAUAUGGUUACAAAUUGGCGCCGUUUGCUUCCGAGGUGUUGGCUGAAGUAGGCCGUGUAGUCGCAGAGCUCGGUCAUCGAGUGUCUGUUCACCCUGGCCAGUUCACCCAGCUAGGCACUCCGAGAACCGAAGUCGUGGAAAGCUCGUAUCGGGAUCUUGAGUAUCACUCCGAGUUGCUGCAGCUGCUGAAGCUGCCCCCUCAGCAGAACCGCGACGCUGUUAUGAUCCUGCACAUGGGCGGCGUGUUCGGAGACAAGGAAGCGACCCUGGAUCGAUUCCGUGAGAACUACGCGGGUUUGUCCCAGGAUAUCAAGAACCGACUUGUACUUGAGAACGAUGAUGUCAGCUGGUCUGUUCAUGAUCUAUUGCCUAUUUGUGAGGAGCUCAAUAUUCCGCUUGUCCUCGAUUACCACCAUCACAAUAUUAUAUUUGAUGCGAAUGAGGUCCGCGAAGGUACGCAAGAUAUCAUUCACCUCUACGAUCGUAUUGCCGCAACAUGGUCUCGCAAGAAUAUUACACAAAAAAUGCAUUAUUCCGAGCCUGAAGCAUCGGCCAUCACACCCCGCCAGCGUCGCAAACACAGUGCUCGUGUGUCAACUCUCCCUCCAUGCGCCCCUACGAUGGAUCUCAUGAUUGAGGCGAAGGACAAGGAGCAAGCUGUGUUCGAGCUGAUGAAGACAUUCAAGCUUCCAGGUCAUGAACUGGUCAACGAUCUGCUCCCACACCUACGAACAGACGAAAACAAGACAUUCAAGCCACCGCGCAGAACCAAGAAGAACGGCGACUUUGUCGAUCUUGAAGGCUCUGUGCCUCCACCCCAGAUCGUUUCCAAAGAAGAAAUGGGCAUGGGUGGACCCGAAAGGAGAGUCUACUGGCCUCCAGGAAUGGAGGAGUGGUUACGACCUGCUAAGAAAGCCGUACGUCCGACCAGUCCAGGCAAGGGAAAAAGAGCUUCAUAUAAGAAGGCGAAGCCGAAGGAAGACAGUGGACUUGAGACUCCGAAGAUAGCGACCAAGACUGCCCCGCGUACGUCUUCUCGCACUAAACGCAAGGCCGAGCAGAUUGAAUUGACUCCGGAAUCAUCUGAGCUGAGUGAUCUCUCCAAUACGCUGGAGACUCCUAAUUUGACUACUGUGUCAAGGCGAAGUACUCGGGCUAAAAAGAUCAACUACACCGAGGACAUCACUAGUUCCCUUGAUAUAUCCGAGACCCUGGCGCCCAAAUCGCGUUUCCGGUGGUCAAUCCUCCGCCCCAGGCCAUUUCUUUCCAAUACUACAGCCCCUAGGCUAUUCCCCUCAUUGCGUGCCUUCAUCCGUCGCCAGUCGAAACCGAGCACAGUUGCGACCGUCCUCCGUAUCCUCGUCGGCCCUCAGACCACCCGCCGAACCCAGAAUCGUCUUUGGAACCUCCGCCACGAGACUCUCCCCGCACUACGACACAGAGCUCAAUCGCGUAUCUACCAGGCGAUCGUCCAGCGACAGCAGCGACGUGCUGUGUAUAAGCGCGGACUCGGCCGGGUCUUCCUUGCCCUUCUGUCCCGACGGCUGCGGGGGAGACAAGGAGAUAACUUCUUGACUGGUCGUGCGAGAGCUAUUCGCGGGUCCCGGGAUAGGGCGAAUGUUGUGAAAGCACCGAUGUCACAGUCAUCAGCAUGGGGUGACAGCGCUUCAGCCCCUGGCAGCAAGCGAAAAAAGGCCUACGAGUGGCUGAAAGCAGCAAAUGAAUUGGGACAGGCAUACACUUCACGAUGGACUGCUCAAAGGAAUGGAGAUGACUACUAUAAUACACCCGGUGCAUUUCCUGAUGUUGAGAUCGCUCGAUCGGGCGACGAGCAGAUGGUCCUUUUUCCAAGCUACGCUAGACAAAUAACGCCAAAGAAAAGGGACAACAAGGCUCGCGAACGUCGGGAUUCCUGGACUGAAACGUUGGAUGAUUACCGUGGGGUCUCUGCAGAAGAUGGUGAUCGGGACUGGACCGAGAAAGAGAUCGAUAAUGCUGUGGUCGAAGUCGAUGUACGUGGCUGGAUUUAUUCUCCCAGCAGUGGGCCAAUGAGUCGGAAGCAUCGAUUGAUGGUCAAGCUGGCUAGGACGCUGAGCGGUAUUCCAGUGCCUACAGAUACACCAAAUGACGAUAGUCCUGACAGAAUAUCAGCCAGACGAGAGGAUGAGGAUGUGAAAAAAGAGAUGAAGGACUUGGUUGAUGCUGCGGAGCAUGAUGCAGAUCAGGCUUGGAAAAACUCCAAUGAAGAUCGAGGCCGAGCAGAUAUAGGUCAGCCCAUGCAAUGGAGCAAUGACCAGAUAUCUUUAGCCAAUGCGCAUUUGAUGGAGAGACUGCGACCGUUUUUGACGAACCCUGUUGCUGUCACACCUGUAACCAUCUUCUUUUUCAAUGAAAGUGAGAGUGAGUCCAGAAAUAUCAUGACAGAUGAAUCCGGUCACUUUACGUUACGAGCUCCAAUGCCCUUCGUCCCGACUCACAUUCGUGUGCUUGCGUCUGAAGACCUUUCUGCUGCGAGGCAGAUUGAAAUCAUUAAACCGGUGGGUAUCAGCCUGAUCAGCGAUAUCGACGACACGGUGAAACACUCGGCCAUCGCCAGUGGCGCCAAGGAGAUGUUCCGGAAUACAUUCGUUCGUGAACUGGCAGAGUUGUCAGUUGAUGGAGUCAGUGAUUGGUAUACGGAAGUAGCCAAACGGGGUGUGGAAAUGCACUACGUUUCCAAUGCUCCUUGGCAGCUAUACCCUCUUCUAGAACGAUAUUUCAAGUGUGUUGGACUCCCACCAGGCUCGUUCCAUCUCAAACACUACACGGGUAUGCUACAAGGCAUAUUCGAACCCACGGCCGAAAGAAAACGCGGGUCACUGGAGCAGAUCAUGCGAGACUUUCCAGAGCGCAAGUUUAUUCUUGUGGGUGACAGUGGUGAGGCUGACCUCGAGGUUUACACCGAUCUCGUUCUACUUAAUCCAGGCCGAAUCCUGGGAAUAUUCAUUCGUGAUGUCACCACUCCGGCUCAGCAGCCGUUGGCUCAGCUAGGAGUGAAUAGUGGCCACAGUCGCAGCUCACCACAGCUUGCAAAUCCACCAGAUAGAAAAGCAAAUGCACCUCCGCUGCCCCCUCGUCGGCCUCCUACUGACAGCUAUUCCAAGAACAUCGAAAUCGGUGAUUUGAUUGAUCUCCGGGUCGAUGAUGAUGCCUUGGAGAGUAAGAAACCCCCACCAGCUAAUCCACGAGUGCCUCCAACCAAACCCACGAAGCCAUCUUCACUACGCACAGCGACAGAGGCAGCGAAUAAAGAUGCCAGGCCACCGCCGGAGGUCAUUCGACGCAAGGCAGCUCCCCCAUUGCCACCCCGACAGUCUUCCACAGCGCAUACAGACUCGCUUAUUGAUCUCGAUACCCCCAAGCCGCUCUCUCGCGUCCAUACUGAACCAGUUGUUCAUGAAAGAGACCAAGAUACGACAACAACAUCUCGAUCCAGACCCCCACGUCCACCUCCACCCCGACGCACGAAUACCACAUUGUCAGCUACCAGCUCCGCAAGCAACACAGCUGCAUCUCGACCUCCAACCUCACCACCAAAACAAUCAUAUCCGGCAUCCGCAGCUCAAGCCGCGCUACAGUACGCAACGGAGCGUCUGAAUCUUUCCGCCGCGCCAAUACCGUCAAUCCGACCAUCUGCCUCAAACCAGUCUUUAGCACGUUCAUCCAACAGCUACAAUGACUCGGGCAUGCCACCCGCUCCACUGCCUAAUAAACGAGAAGAGCUAUGGCGACGCCGAUGGGAACGGGCAAGUGAUGCCCUAGAACGACAUGGAGUUAUUUUGGGCAGUUGGCGCGUCGGGAGUGAAGCCAAGUCUGUUUGUAUAUGGCUGAUCGAUGAAGCAAUGAAGGAGAUCAAGGAAAAUGGUGUGAAUGGCAAAACAGCCGAUAGAGUAACUCAAUAUCUGGGAAUCAAAUAUGCAAACCUCAAAGAUAGGUUUGCCUCGGCCGAACUCAUCACAUCCCAAAACGGCAUCUUUGAUGCCACAACCGACGGGCCAACUGCCUUGUCGCCUCCAAUUGGAUGUGAUAUCGAAUUGAGCCAUGUUCAGCACCAACUGCCCAAAAAGGAUCUAUCUCAGUCCGAUCUUGAUUGUCUCAAUCUCAACAUUGCAGUGCCUUCCGAUGCCACACCGGAGUCAAAGCUCCCGGUUCUCUUCUUCAUUCAUGGCGGUGGCUUCGCUAUUGGGGCGAAUUCAUGGCCUCAAGCAGAGCUCGCACGGCUAGUGAAGCUGUCAAUUGAGAAGGAGCUCCCGGUAAUCAUUGUUGCGAUCAACUAUCGUCUCGGAGCUCCAGGAUUUCUCACUUCUGAAGAGCUACGCAGUGCAGGGUAUCAAUCGAAUAACGCUCUUCGUGAUCAGCGUGUAGCUCUGCAAUGGGUACAGAAACAUAUUAGUGAUUUUGGAGGAGACCCAGAUAAUGUAACCGCAGGAGGAAGCAGUGCAGGAGGAGCAUCGGUGACUUAUCAACUGCACUCGCAAACACCUCUCUUCAAGCGUGCGAUUGCAAUUAGUGGAACAUCAUUGCUUCUUCCCGCGCUGCCGUAUCCUGUUCACGAGGAUAAUUACCAGAAAGCUAUCACUGCCUUGGGCCUUCAAAAUGCGACUGCUGAGGAGAGAGUUAAAGCACUAGUAGAGAUGCCAGGCUCAGAUCUUGUCAAUAAGCUCCCACCUUCAAUACUGAGCAUGCCUGCUCUAGACGGUGAUUUUAUCCAGCCAGGUGUGACCUAUACCGAGUUGUUGAAAUCAGAUUCGAGUAUUCUUCCUGGCAAGCGUUGGUGCAAAGAUCUAUUCAUUGGCGAUGCAGCAAUCGACUCCAGUAUUUUCGAAUUCCUCGCACCGCAGAUAAAAACCAACUGCGCAAACAAAUUCAUAACCGCCAUCCACAAAGUGCUCUCCUCAUAUCCAGAAGAGGCAGAGCGUAUUAUAAACGCAUAUGGAAUUAUAGAAGACCUCCCAGACGAGGAAGCAAGAGUCCUAGUCCUCAACUUCUUAGCUGGUAUCUGUUUCCACGCACCUGCACUCUGCUUCGCUCAAGGCUGGAACGGAAAUGCGUAUGUAUACCACUUCAAUGAAGGGAAUCCAUGGGAAGGACCUUGGAACGGCCAUGCAAACCAUAUACUUGACGUGAUCUACCUGUUUCAGAAUCUGAACGAGUUCCUGAGUCCUGAGCAGCAGGCUGUGGCAGUUGCAUUUGCAGAGGAUGUUUUCAAGUUCUGCCAUGGUGUGGAACCUUGGCCUGCAGUAUCUGGGGAUAUUGAUACUGGGUUCUCGGCUCGUGUUUAUGGGCCUAGUCAGCGUGGACAAACUAUUGGCCUGAUUUCAGAAGCUUUUGGUGGUGAAGGUCUACGUCGGGGUGUUUUGUUUGAAUGUGCUAAAAAGGUGUCGCUGGACGAAUUGGCCAAAGUUUUCGGGGAGAUCACAUCUAGUUGA